CUACACUUCAUUGUCCAUCACAGCACUGGACGACUGUGUUUGGAAUAUAUUCCAACGUGAUUUUUAUGAGAUUAUCAGCUGACAGACUUCUUUGUGUCUACUUGUAACUUGGGGAUUCUUUGUGGGGGCUGUUUGAUGAUGUUCCCGCCACUUCACAGCAUGACCAACAGGAGCGGCACGCGCGCGUAGGUAGGACGCACCUGUGAAGUAGCCUCGUGCAUCGUGACGCUGAGGGACUGCGUUAUUAGCGUGGUGUCUGUUUUCUGUUCUCCGCAGUGCGAGUGUGUGUGUGUGUGUGUGUGUGUGUAGCGUUUAGCAAAAACACACACGGGUGUGAACUACGAGUGAGGUGAGUGUCAGGAAGAGAUGCGAAGAAAAUGGUUUGUGAUAUACAAAUUCGCGUCCGACUCGCCGACUGACCGACAGAACUUUUGAUCAUGUCGAUUCGACGCCCAUUUGUGUCAUUUCUUUAGACUCCAUUCUUCAGGAACAAGAAUAAAUCAAAGCAUUUAUGAAGACACAUGAUUCCAACGCGAGUUACCUGAGAGGAAAAGGGCGGGAAGCGCGCGCUGGAUUGAAAAAUAAAUAAAUAAAUAACGGUCGCAUUCUUUGCUCAUUGCUCGCGCGCAGCAAACAACCGUGAACUUAAACCAUGGGUUGAAGAGGAGAAAUAAAACACUCAGGAAUUCUCAACAUGUCUUUAUUCUUCUCACUUCUUCAGACUUAAAUGGAUAUCUGUGCUGAUGGGGGCAAUAAUAGCCCAUUUAUUUUGUAUUUUUUAUAUUUUCACCCUGCCUACAUUCCUCCGUAUAGUUUUUGUCAAGUAACAAUCUUAAGAAGAUAUGAAACCCACUAUUGACUCUGUUCAUCUAAACUGAAGACACCAGAUAUUACUGCGAGUCUCCAAAAUGCCUUAAGGCAUCAACACCUACAAUGACCUGGACUGUAACAGUAGUCAGUGUAGUUGAACAUUCAUAGUGGUUGUCUAUUACUAACUCUAUCAAAACCACUCUCUUGUUUAUCCAAUAAUAAUUCUUUAAUUUAUUUACCCCCCCACUUGACUAAUUCAGUGGGGGGGGACUGAAAAUUACACUUUUUAAGAGUGACCUUGCCUCUGGCACCAAAGCUUGGGUCAUGGAGUCAAACCCAGACAGCCCAAGCCGGGCUGUGGAGUACCUCCUGGAGCUCAAUAAUAUAAUUGAGAGCCAGGCCAAGCUGCUGGAGACUCAACGCCGACGAAUAGAGGAACUCGAGACGCAGCUCGACCGAGUCAACCAGGAGAACCAGGACCUCCGCUUAGACAGGAAACCUGGUGCUGACAUCUCCACACAGGACCACAAUCAUGAACAGAACACGACAAAGUCCAGUGGACCGUCGUCUUUGACAAACCACAACUCCAGCAGUGUCCACAAUAACAGCGGCAGUAACGUACCAUCAUCUACGGUUCCCGGCCCGGCCCGGAGGACCCACACCCGGCUGAGCCGAGGCCUAUCGUGUGGUUCAGCUCCUGUGGAGAAGGAGAGGGGAAGGCUAGAGAGGAAUGAUAGCAUUGGAACAAACAGCACAUCUGCUCUACGGAGACAUGUUGAUGACGAGCCUCGUGUCUCAGAGUCAAAUCCCUUUUCAGACAGCAGCAAAGCUCCUUAUCAACAUCGCUCUGACUGCUACCGGGAAGGAAGUUGUGGCCCCCCAGGCCCUCGAGGGCCGAUUGUGGGCCCCCCAAGCCCGGUUUGCCUCACCUGGGCUCAGCACACCCGUAACCAGCCAGCUAGUUUGGCCUUACGCAAACAAGAGGAGGAGGAGAACAAGAAGUGCAAAGCUCUGUCUGACAGCUAUGAGCUCUCAACUGACCUCCAGGACAAGAAGGUGGAAAUGCUUGAGAGAAAAUACGGUGGCUACUUCCUGAGCAGACGAGCAGCACGCACCAUCCAGACUGCCUUCCGUCAGUAUCGCAUGAACAAGAAUUUCGAGCGCCUGCGCAGCUCAGCUUCUGAGAGCCGCAUGACACGACGCAUCAUCCUGUCCAACAUGCGUAUGCAGUACUCCUUUGAGGACCGCCAGCCUCAAGCACAGCCUCAGACCUGCCACAGUCCUGGAAUGGGCCCUCCACAUUCACCUGACCUGGAGCCUGAUUCGCCUGCACAACCAGAAUAUACCCAUUUAGAGGACUCCUUCUCCAAACAGGUGAAGUCCCUGGCUGAUUCCAUUGACGAUGCGCUAGCAUGCCGUCCAGGUAGAGACGACUCACAGGACGGCCUCGGGGACAGUGGGGCUGUAGACGACUUUGGUGAGUGCAUCUGGAGCAGCAACAGCCACCCGUCUCUCCGUCGGGGACUGGGUGAGCGGGAGCGAGGCAGCACAGGAGGUGGUCUGAGCAUGCACGAGGAUAGCACGGCCACGUCAUACAGCGAUGUCACACUCUACAUGGAUGAUGGUUUGCCCUCAUCACCACUCUCUCUGGACCGGGCACCAAGCAGUACAGACACUGAAUUCUGGGGGGGUAUGACCGGUGGUGUUGGCGGGCGAGAAGACAGCCGGGACACUGAGGGAGGUGGCAGCAGCAACAGUCGGCGCAGCACGCCAUGUACAGAGUGCAGAGAUUAUCGCCUCCGAGGGGCACAUUUGCCUCUACUCACAAUCGAGCCACCCAGCGACAGCUCAGUGGACAUGAGUGACCGUUCAGACCGUGGUUCCCUAGGCCGGCAGCUGGUGUAUGAGCAGGACUCAAGUGGGGGUUCCCCUCAAGGCACACUAAAGCACAAUCCCAACGCCAAAGCGCAAGGCCAAGCACGUCCGACAAGCCGCCCGAUAGCAACACAUAUCCCGCACCAUGUGACUCAUCACCACCACCACCAUCACCACCACCAUCAUCACCAGUAUCCUGACACUCCAUCAUCUUCUUCAUCCCCCCAGCAACCCCCCACUACGCCGCUCUCAUCCUCAUCUUCUGCACAGCUACCUUCUGGUGGCUUGGAUCAACAGUGUUGCUCAGAUGGUGACAAUGACUCACUAAACUCCACCACAAACUCCAACGAAACCAUUAACUGCAGCUCUGGCUCAUCAUCCAGGGACAGCCUGCGUGAACCACUGCCACCUCUGGGCAAGCAGACAUACCAGAGAGAGAGUCGCCACAGCUGGGACUCUCCUGCUUUCAACAAUGAUGUGGCACAGAGAAGACAGUAUCGCAUCGGACUCAACCUCUUCAACAAGAAACCAGAGAAGGGCAUUCAGUACCUGAUAGAGCGUGGCUUUGUGUCAGACACACCCAUUGGCAUUGCCCGCUUUAUUCUAGAGAGGAAGGGCCUAAGCCGACAGAUGAUUGGGGAGUUUCUGGGCAACCGACAGAAGCAGUUCAACAAGGAUGUACUCGAUUGUGUGGUGGACGAGAUGGAUUUCUCAGGAAUGGAUCUAGAUGAUGCUCUAAGGAAGUUUCAAGCCCAGAUCAAGGUGCAAGGAGAGGCCCAAAAAGUGGAACGACUUAUUGAGGCUUUCAGUCAGAGGUACUGUGUGUGUAACCCUGCACUGGUGCGGCAGUUCCAGAAUCCUGACACUAUCUUCAUUCUGGCUUUUGCCAUCAUCCUUCUCAACACAGACAUGUACAGCCCAAGCGUCAAACCAGACAGAAAGAUGAAGUUGGAUGACUUUAUUAAGAACCUGCGAGGUGUAGAUAAUGGACAGGAUAUCCCACGUGACCUGCUGGUGGGGAUCUACCAGCGCAUUCAGAAGUGGGAACUAAGGACCAAUGAUGACCAUGUCUCCCAGGUCCAGGCUGUAGAGAGAGUCAUUGUGGGCAAGAAACCAGUCCUGUCUCUUCCACACCGCAGGCUGGUGUGCUGCUGCCAGCUUUACGAGGUGCCUGACCCUAACAGACCACAGCGCACAGGUGUACAUCAGAGAGAGGUGUUCCUCUUCAACGACCUGUUGGUGGUAACAAAGAUCUUCCAGAAGAAGAAAACUUCUGUGACAUACAGUUUCCGGCAGUCGUUUCCUUUGGUGGAGAUGCAAGUUCAUAUGUUCCAAAACUCCUACUACCCUCAUGGCAUCAGGCUAACUUCAGCAAUCCCAGGUGGUGAACGUAAGGUGCUAAUUGUUUUCAAUGCACCAAGUCAGCAGGACCGCACACGCUUCGUCAGUGACCUGAGAGAGAGCAUUGCAGAGGUGCAGGAGAUGGAGAAAUACAGGGUUGAAUCGGAGCUUGAGAAGCAAAAAGGUGUGAUGCGGCCAAGCCUUCUUAGCAGCAGUGUGGUGGGUGGAAGUGUGGGCGGAGUCAAGAACGAAGUUGUGAAUGGCAGCAUUGGAAGAUCUAGUUUGGAUGAUAAUUAUUCACCCAGUGAAGGCCUGAAACGCACUGCUCUCAGCUCCUCGCUUAGGGACCUGUCUGAUUCAGGGAAACGAGGUCGCAGAAACAGCGUUGGUUCCCUUGACAGUACAAUGGAAGUAAGUCUGAGUGGAGCAGAGCAGUCCACAGCCUCACCAGCGUUACCCAGUAGCCACUGUGCUGUCGAGUUGCUAUGGAACCGAAGACUACCGGCCUCACCGCCCCAUCCUGAGCCCCGGAGUGGGGGUGGGGGGUGGGCCGGGGCAGCAACACACACCGGCACCCGCGCCUCCUGGCACUGUGCCUCCAGCCUCCAGCAGCAGCAGCAGCAGCGAGAGAGGUGCCACCAGUGGGACAACAACCAGCGCCACCUCGUUCCUGGGAUCACUGUUUGGGACGAAACGGGCCAAAGCACCAGGACCCAUCAUCCCGCCGGGGCCACCCUACCCCGCCCCUACGGUGCCAGCACCACCACCGCCUCUUUCCCCUUUGCCCCUGUGCCCUCAAGAGUCUACUGGCACGUCCAAGAUCCAGUACUGCCACACUAUGGGUGCGGGCAUGGCUGGGCACCCCCCACCACCGUACUGCCACCCGCACCAACGCUGCCAACACGGUGGUCCUCAACGGCAACAUGCCAUGCUACAGCGGGUCACACUACCACGCAGACCAACCCACAAUUCCUCCCCCUAUCUGCCACCGCUUUCCCAACAUGCUCUUCAAGCUCGCUUCGGGAAUUCGGGCAAUGGGGUCUCAAUGUGCGUGCCUCCUCCCCCCCUUUCUCCUCACUCCCCAUUAUCCCAACACCCGCAGUUUGCCCUCUGCCACGCACAGCUCACACACUCGGCCAGAGGGGGCGCCGUUGUGGGCAAAACCCCGCUAGCACUGUCACACUCACAACCACACCCGCACCAGCACGCACUCUCCCACGGGCAUACGUCACACCCUGCCCAUCCGCCACACUUCGUGUUCGCCAGCCCGCCGCCGCCCUUCCCAGCACCCAUUCCGCCACCCCUGCCAGCCUCCGCUCCACCCGCCACGGCCCAGCACGCGUCGCCGGCCGUCCCGUAUCCGCCCCCGUAUCCUCCGCUUUCCUCCAUCCCACCUCCCCCCCUCCACUCCCCUUUACCCCCCCCUUCCUCCCCCCUUACCCCUCUUACGCCUCUCUCCCCUCUCCCCCCCCCCUCGCACCCCGCCCCGCCACCGCCACAGGUCACGGCACCAUCGCCAGGUCAGACUGGCACAGUCGACCGGGCCAAAUCCAAGCCAGCCAGCCGGAUCAGCACGGUAGUAUGAGCAGAGGCAAGGGAAAGGUGCGCUCCUGGGGCUCACUACGAGGUCCCCUGGUGGUAGGAGGAGGAACAGCAGAGAGAUUGGAAGACAUGGGAGGAGGAAGCCGGACCAGGACGGAGGGCAGCAAGAAGAAACGCAACCUACUGAGACUCUGUUACUUUCAUUUGCGCUUCCCACAAGUAUAGAUGGAGACAGGACAUGGGGGCAGACAAUGUGCGUGCACACGAUAAGCACAUUUAGAAAUACACUUCACAUGCAAAACAGGGUCUGUCAUCAUUCAGUGGAUUACAGUACAAGAAAAUCAAUUCUCUGAAAUGAUUAAAAGAAGCACAACUGACUUUAACUGAAAAUCUAAGUCUAAGUAACACUCUCAGUGACAAGCAAUUACUUUCUUUGUUUGAUUCUCUUUUUUCAACAACAAAGUUUUAGCCAUAGCACAUAACCGAAACGAAAAUGCAACUAGGCAUUAAACAUAUGGGCAUGUAUAAACAAUUGCACACAAACCCUGACUAACUAAGUAUGCACAGGGAAUGAAAAAUCUGCCUAUAGCCAUAAGAGAAUGCAUUCUAAGAGUCAGAAACAUUAAGAGCUUGUCUCUGUCUGUAUAUUAAUGGAGGAAUAGAAGUAGGCCGCGUAGAUCAGGGAGACGUACAACAAACUCUUUUUCCUCUACUGGACGAAAGAAAGAGUGAAACGUGUUUUUAGCACUAUCUUCGAAAACAGGAAAAAAAAACGCAAUAAUCAGUUACAAUAAGCAUUAAUUAUUUGAUGUUCAGCUUGUAGUGAGUCUUGCUCUUCUGUAUAAAGAUCGUUUUACAAGAGAGGAACGUUUAAAGAGCAUACUAAUUUGAAAUAUGAAUAAUUCUCCUUUUUCAAUGUUGCCAGUUAGAAAUAAAGCUUAGCCAAUUUAUUUAAAGAUCAGACAUAAACAAAUGACCAGUUGUCUGAAUUAGAGAAGUGCUUAUUUUGGCCAUAGUGCUAACCUCUACUCUUUUUUUAUUUUAGUUUUAAAAAUAGCACCUUCAUUUCGAAAGUAUUACCAUCUUUGUAUGCCUGCUAUUAAAUCGGUAUUUUAAAGGGCUUGAUUUUCACUUGAUUACCUAAAGGGUUUGAUUAUACACGCUUGAAGACAUGAGUGUAAUUAUAUAACUUUUCACUGCCAAAGGUUGUUCAUUGCUCUAAAAUCUGCAAUCAGUUUUUAAUAAUAGUAAUAUUAAUUAAAAUAAUAACAAUAAUACUAACAUUUUGCUGGAUAAUUUGUUAUAUCACAGUUGGCUAGAGGUGGAAUUACCUUUAUGCUUUAAACAAAUACUAAGCUGCGAGUCAAGUUUAACAUGCGUAAAAACUACAUGAAGAGCUGGAACAUACAUGACAUUUGGUGACGAUGAAUUGUCUGUAUGACUUUACUUUGUUAUUGUUAAUAAUGAAUAAUGAGAAAUGGGUAUUCCAUGGCUAGCAAAUCAAGCUAGUCAGAAGUCUGUGAAACAAUCUCAGUUUUUUAACAGUGGACAUUGGAAUUUCAGUGAGCUUCUUGAGUCACUGCUACAAUAUACCAUGUCUGUGGAAAUAAUGGCUGACUGAAUUAAUCCAGUACAGGAACUUGUGAACUGUCAUCUGAAAGAAAUGCUCCAGGAGGCACUGCAGCUGCUCUCACUGUUCCUUUUCCUUUUAGUCUUUGCCUAAAGAAAAUGCCUGUAUGUCGUAGUGCAACUCAGAUGCAUUCAACAGGGUUGUAUUAAUGCUUUCAUCAUACUGUAGGUUGUUUUCUUUGGUUUACUAUGGUUCUUAUUUGUUUUGUUAAUUAUUUAUAUUACGAUUAUUAUUACUAGUAUUUACAUUAUGAAAUGAUGCAUAUACAUAUACUAUAAAUACAACAAAGUAAAUCCAAUCAUAGUAAGUCUGAGAGGGUUCUGGAAGAUAUAAUAAAAAUUAUUGAUAGAUUUUAAGGACAAUAACACUUUACAAGUGUUUAUUGAAUACUGAAGACUUUGUUCUGGUAUUGAUUCAUCCUUUUUUCCCCAAAUAUCUUGUUAUGAGCUUUUGGUUCAUUUUAAGUGUGUGCAAUACAGAAUUUGCAUCAAAGAAAGCCUUUUUUUUUUGGUUCUUUGAAGGCUUUAGUUCAAUAUAAAUAUGUUCAUUUUUAUUAUCAAAUGUAUUUAAGUUAUUGAUCAUCAGUUUAGUGUGUAAGUGCACAGUGUAUAUGAGGUGCUACAUUGCAGCAGGUCAGUAAUUAACCAGAAACAUACAUUCACAAAAAGGUAUAAACAGAUGAAACCAGUGAAAGUAUUUACCAUUUUUCUCCCACUGCAUUUUCCAUACCCUUGCAUGACUGCAGUACUUACUGAAUGAAGAGUGUUCUAUAAACAGAUUUGUACAUAAUAUAGCCUAUUAUAAUAUGAUAUAAUGUUGUUUAUGGAAGAGGAAAAACUAUUAUUCAGGUGUGAUUGUGUAUGUGUGAAUGUGACGCCUGUGUGAGAGUAUAUCAUUCAGUGUAGGUGAAUAUUGCAUAUUUAUUUUGUAAGCCUAUCCUAACGUAGGCCUUUAUGUCACAACCAAGCUGAAUGUUCUUUUAGAAAUCUAUGAAAUAUGAAGAAAUCAAAUUUGUGUACAGAAUGUGUGCAAUGCAGAAUACAGAGAGAUGUGAAUAUUUAUUGCUUCUAAUCUAUUAUAAAGUGUCCUUGCGGUGGAUAAAA